AUGAUGAUGUCCCUGAACAGCAAGCAGCCCUUCAGCAUCCCCCACGGCGGCGGCGGCGGCGGCGGCGGCGGCGGCGGCCUCCACGACACCAAGUACCCGGCGCUGCACACCGCCUCGCCCUGCCCCUCCGCCGCCGCCUCCCCCGGCGGCUCCGGCGGCUCCGGCGGCGGCGGCGGCUCCGGCGGCUCCGGCGGCUCCGGCGGCGGCUCCGGCGGCGGCCGCGGCUCCGGCGGCGGCUCCGGCGGCGGCGCGGAGGCGAUGCGGCGCGGCUGCCUGCCCGCCCCCCCGAGCAAUAUAUUCGGCGGUCUGGACGAGAGCCUGCUGGCCCGCGCCGAAGCCCUGGCAGCGGUGGACAUCGUCUCCCCGAGCAAGAGCCACCACCACCACCCGCCGCACCACAGCCCCUUCAAGCCGGACGCCACGUACCACACUAUGAACACCAUCCCCUGCACCUCGGCUGCCUCCUCCUCCUCGGUGCCCAUCUCCCAUCCGUCCGCCCUGUCGGGCACCCACCACCAUCACCACCACCACCACCACCACCACCACCAGCCCCACCAGGCGCUGGAGGGCGACCUGCUGGAGCACCUGACACCGGGGCUGGCGCUGGGGGCCAUGGCGGCCCCCGACGGCGCCGUGGUGUCCACACCGGGCCACGCUCCCCACAUGGCCGGCAUGACCCCCAUGCACCCGGCGGCACUGGGCAUGGCCCACGCCCACGGGCUGCCGGCCCACAUGGGCUGCGUGAGCGACGUGGACGCCGACCCCCGCGACCUGGAGGCCUUCGCCGAGCGCUUCAAGCAGCGCCGCAUCAAGCUGGGGGUGACCCAGGCCGACGUGGGCUCGGCUCUGGCCAACCUGAAGAUCCCCGGCGUGGGCUCGCUGAGCCAGAGCACCAUCUGCCGCUUCGAGUCGCUCACCCUCUCGCACAACAACAUGAUCGCCCUCAAGCCCAUCCUGCAGGCCUGGCUGGAGGAGGCCGAGAAGGCGCACCGCGAGAAGCUGGCCAAGCCCGAGCUCUUCGCCGGCGCCGAGAAGAAGCGCAAGCGCACCUCCAUCGCCGCCCCGGAGAAGCGCUCCCUCGAGGCCUACUUCGCCCUCCAGCCCCGGCCCUCCUCCGAGAAGAUCGCCGCCAUCGCCGAGAAGCUCGACCUCAAGAAAAACGUCGUCCGCGUCUGGUUCUGCAACCAGCGGCAGAAGCAGAAGCGCAUGAAGUACUCCGCUGGGAUUUAA